AUGCCUGAGAAGUUCAUCGUCGUAGGAGCAGGUCCUGUGGGCUCGCUCGCAGCGCUGUAUGCUGCCGUCCGAGGUCAUGAUGUUGAGAUUUAUGAGCUACGCCCAGAUCUUCGGGACCCUACUACCACACCUCUGAACUUCACUAAAUCGAUCAACCUUGCAUUGUCUGAACGAGGAAUCAAUGCCCUUCAGAAGACCGGUCUUCCCGAUUUGGCCGAUGCAGUGCUUGGCGAGACAUUUCCUAUGCACGGCCGAAUGAUCCAUCUUGAAAAGAAGGGCGAACAUCUCCAGAUACCUCAAAUCUAUGAUCCAAGGGGAAAGAACCUCCUCGCUCUCGACCGAGCAGGGCUCAACAAAACGCUCCUGGACCAUCUGGAGUCAAUGCCCAAUGUCAAGUUUUUCUUCAACCAUAAGCUUCUUUCUGUCGACUUCAAGAAGCAGCUUGCCUGGUUCGACAAGCACAACAAGUCCGAAGCACCAGAAGAGCGAGGUACCGAGAUCGAAAUCAAGUUUGACUUCAUGAUCGGCGCUGAUGGUGCACACUCCGCCGUCCGCUACCACCUCAUGAAGUUCGUACCGAUGUCCUAUCAGCAAGAAUACAUUGAUAAGCUAUGGUGCCAAUUCGACAUUCCAUCCACAUCUGCCGGCGACUUCCGCCUACCGCCUAACUAUCUGCACAUCUGGCCGCAGGACGAGUCCAUGUUUAUCGCCCUUCCUAAUCUCGACAAGACAUUCACAGCGACGCUCUUUCUUACGCGGACCGGCUUCGAAGAGCUUGACAGCUCAGGAAAAGUAGUGGACUACUUCAACACCAAUUUUCCCUCCGUGGUUCCGGAUCUAAUCACCGCGGAGGACCUGCGGAAACAGUACAAGGAGAACGCCCAUCUCCCUCUCAUCUCGAUCAAAUGCACCCCCUACCACUACACUACCACAGGCGUCAUCAUCGGCGACGCCGCACACGCCAUGGUCCCGUUCUACGGGCAAGGCAUGAACGCGGGGCUUGAGGAUGUCUACGCGCUCUUCCAGCUCCUUGACAAAUACCCGUCUGACCGCGCGAUAGCCUUGUCGCAGUAUUCAACGGAGCGGACACAGGAUGCACAUACUAUCAACGACCUCGCGCUGGGAAAUUAUAAGGAGAUGGCUACGGAUGUCAAGAGCAGGGUCUAUCUGUUGCGCAAGUGGGUAGAGGAGAAGCUAGAUCUGUGGGCGCCCGGACUGGGUUGGGCAACGCAAUACACAAGGGUAACGUUCAGCAACAUGCGGUACUCUGAAGUGCAGCGCAGAGCACAGUGGCAAGCAACCGUGUUCAACGGUGUGUUGGGGUUCGGACUGGCAGCUACCAUCGGAGCGACGCUGUGGUGGUCGAGAGCCGGUGGUGUGCAGAAGGUCAAGAGGAGCAUACUGCUGUCGAUAUGCUGGGCGGCACAACGGAUAGCAGGACCACCUGCUCAGGCGAGGCGGUGA